UCCCAGGCUCGUUAUCUGUUGAAUGAUGAAGUGGGAAACUCGGGUUCUUUAAAAUCAAAAGCAAACACGGCUUCCUUGCUUUGCCUCUGAGCUCUGAACAUGGCUUCUUCUGAGACUCCUCCGCCUAACUUCUGGGGCGAUAUGCCCGAGGAAGAGUACUACGCCUCUCAGGGAGUCCGCAACACCAAAUCUUACUUCCAAACUCCGAACGGCAACAUCUUCACUCAAUCCUUCCUUCCUUUGGAUCCCGCCACCCCCAUCAAGGCCACCGUCUUCAUGAGUCACGGCUACGGCUCCGACACCGGCUGGCUCUUCCAGAAGAUCUGCAUCCACUACGCCACCUGGGGCUACGCCGUCUUCGCCGCCGAUCUCCUUGGCCACGGCAGAUCCGACGGCAUCCGAUGCUACCUCGGCGACAUGGAGAAGGUCGCCGCCACCUCACUCUCCUUCUUCCUUCACGUCCGCCGGAGCGAUCAGUACAGGCAUCUUCCGGCUUUCCUCUUCGGCGAGUCCAUGGGCGGCGCGGCCACCAUGCUUAUGUACUUCCAAUCCGAGCCCGACACGUGGACCGGCCUAAUCUUCUCCGCCCCACUUUUCGUCAUCCCCGAGAACAUGAAGCCAAGCAAGGUUCGGUUGUUUCUCUACGGUCUGCUGUUCGGGAUAGCUGACACGUGGGCGGCGAUGCCGGACAACAAGAUGGUGGGAAAAGCUAUAAAGGACCCUGAGAAGCUGAAGAUCAUAGCUUCCAAUCCACGGAGGUACACGGGCCCACCUAGGGUUGGUACAAUGAGGGAGCUGGCGAGGGUGUGCCAGUACAUACAGGAUAACUUCUCCCGAGUAACGGCGCCGUUCCUCACUGUCCAUGGAACCGCUGACGGGGUGACGUGUCCGUCGUCCUCCCGUUUGUUGUACGAGAAGGCAUCCAGUGAGGACAAGAGCUUGAAGCUUUACGAUGGGAUGUACCAUUCUCUGAUCCAAGGGGAGCCUGAUGACUGUGCCAAUCUUGUGCUCAAGGACAUGAGAGAGUGGAUCGAUGAGAGGGCCAGAAGGUAUGGGCCUAAGGAAUCUCAAUAAUUUGGGCUCCGGUUGGCCCAUAGCCCACUUUGAUGUUGGCCCACCUUGUCUAAUGUAUAAUCUUCCCAUUUUCAUGAAAUGAGAUUAUUACUAAAUGAAUUCACAAGUAUAGAUAUGAAUUGAAUUGAUGGUUGUUUUCUUUGAA